AUGCAAUUAACCGCUAAUCAGAUGAAAGCACUACGUCAUAUGUGCAUUUCCUUCCCACGGCCACUCAAACAGACCGAUUCAAAUUGCUGUUUGGAUGACAUGACGUACGGUGAAACAGAGGUAGUGGAGCAAUUUGGUUCCAUUUCACCAGUUCAAACCGCGUUUUGGAACGGAGAAUGCUUUAUGAAUUAUUUCCAACAACAAUUCACGUCUGGCAACGGUUUACUUAUUGCUCGCGUGCUAGUACGGAUACCAAUGAUUGAUUACAAUUGUUGUGCUGGGCACUCUCGUACACUCAUGAACCGAAUCUACCAAACAUACAAGCAUCCUCUGCACGUUUGUUCAUAUCCCCUUUAUUGCAAUCACCAGCCCUUGAAAAAAUAA